CUUUCUACACUUUCCAGCCACAACGAGCAAGGUGUCAUGGCCACUAAAGUUAAAGCACAUCAACUUCGAGGGCAGGGCAAAGAAGACUUGAUCAAACAGCUCGAUGACCUGAAAACGGAAUUGCAAGCUUUACGCGUUGCUAAAGUAACUAGCGGCGGCCCUAAUAAAGUUUCCAAAAUUCAAUCGGUUAGAAAAGCUAUCGCUAGGAUCAAGACGGUAAUUUCUGAAAAUCAACGAGAAAAUUUGCGUAAAUUCUACCAGAAGAAGAAGUUCGUACCACUAGAUUUGAGAUCGAAGAAAACUCGAGCCAUGCGAAGAAGGUUAACCAAGUUCGAAGCAUCUAGGAAAACAGUUAGACAAAGAAAGCACGAUGCUCAUUACGCCAUACGUAAAUAUGCUGUAAAAGAGUAAGAAUGCAUUAGCAUUUUAUUUUGUCUGAUGUGCUAUCUUAUUACAUUUUACUAUACUGGAAAGAUCUGUAAAAAAUUUUCGUUUGAACAAAGUCGCAAUGUGGAUGUAAUUCCAGUUGCUGAAUAUGUCCACAUAGAAUAAUAAAAAGAUUUGGUGAAAAGAAUGCCAUGUUUG